CUGUGCUCGGAAGUUGUAGCUAGCAGUUUUUCUCCGUCUAAACUAUUUUUUUCCCCUCCUCCGUCUUCCACUGGUAUUUUUUUAUUUUACCCUUUCAGAAAACACUCCGCUUGCUUGAGCGAGAACUACUGGGAGAAAAAAAAAAUGGAGCGCUCCGUGAGGGUGGAGGGGCUCGAUAUGGAGGCGAGCGCCGAGGACAUCCGGGACUUUUUCGCCCGUUUGCACACAACCGUGGGCCGCGUCUACAUCCUGGGAGGACCGCAGCACGAGGCCUUGAUUGAGUUCGCGUCCGGAAACGAUGCUCGACGCGCAGUUCGCUACAGCGGGCGUUUCCUGAAAGGCUCAAAGACAUCACCCGAUGAACGUCGUGACCCGAGAACGGCACCGCCACCUGUAGCCGAUGAAGUGAUCCAGACUUCCGACAAGCCCGGUGAUCCUAGAACUGCGCCAGCCCGUUCUCCCACAAUUUCAUCACCUCCUGAUCACACUGAAGUUGUACAGACUUCCGACAAGCCCCGUGAUCCCGCACUAUAUUCGCAUAACGCUCCUAAUGGGUCUUUGCAGACCUUCGAUAAGUCAAGUGAUCCUCGAACACCCCCCAUUGUCAAAGCAGGUCCACAGAUGUGUGAUAAGCCAUGCGAUCCCAGAACAACUCCUGUUGCCAGUGGGUAUCCACAGACGUGUGAAGAGUCACACGAACUCAGAAUUUCCUCACCUAUUGUUCCGAGUGAUUUUCUACAGACUGCUGAUAAGACGCCAACCCCCGAGGUUUAUAAACCUUUUGUUCCAAGUCUCUGUCCACUGAGAUGUGACAAACCACUUUAUACAGCUUUUUCCGGUCCUGUUGAGAGCAUACAGACUUCUGAUGAGUCACAGACACCGGACCCUUUACGGAAUGCGUUUCUUUUGGGGGUUUGUACUGUGUUGGAAAGUCUCCAGUCCUAUCAAAGUGAACAGCGGGAGGUUUUGCCAGACCUUGACCGGCAAGAGGACAGCAGCGCAAUUACACCAAAAACACAGGUAUCGAUGCCAGGCUACGUGAGGCUGUUUGGACUGCCAGCCUCGACCACAAAGGAGGACAUUUGUUCUUUCUUCAAAGGGCUGAAGGUGGAGGAAGUCGUAGUAAACAUGAAGUUGGAACACCGUCACGUGUGCCUCGUCAAGUUUUCCCGCAAGCAAUACUCUGUUGAUGCGCUGCAGUUUAACAACAAGUACAUGGGGCCCAUCUGUGUGGAGGUACGCAAAGCCACAGAGAUGAUGUGGAACCUAGCGAUAGCAGAAUGUGAAAAUGCUCACGCAGAGAAGUGUGAGAGAAACUCCCUCACAGACUCGGCACACCGCAAGAAUACACUCAGGUCGGAGGACAAAUGCAACCCCACCCAAAAACCCAGAGUUACCAGUCCAAGUAAAGAGUACAUUGUCAAGGUCCGCAAUCUCCCUCUCGUGACAACUAAGACUGAUUUAAGGAGAUUGUUUAAAUGUCAUGAAAUAGCAAGGUCAAAAAUACAACAUCUACUCGACAAGAAUUGCAACAGAACAGACACAGCUUUUCUCAUUUUCAACCAGAAGGCAGAUUACGAAUAUGCAAUGACCCGUGAUGGCUUGCUCGUUGGCUCAGGACACAUAGAAGUGUCAGCAAUAAGUAGAGGUGAGAUGAUGGAAAUGCAAAGGGAAAACACUGGCCUAAGAACACUUGGAAGAGGACAACCCACACAGGAAGUGAGAUGCUGGGAAAGAAACUGAAUCCUGACACAAAAACAUGCCCAUUGGUUCAGAACAUGCCUGAAUGCAUGAAGGAAAGCCUGAUAAAAAAAAAAAAGCUUUCCUACAAAGUCACAACAGACGAUAUAACUAUUUUAAGUGACGAUGGCAAAGCUUCUUGCACGGCCAUGGUGCGGUUUAAAUCAUUGAAACUUGUUUCCAUGGCCUGUAAACUCGGCCAAGAGUAGCUGGGAGAAAACGCGAUUAUAAAGCUGAUUACUACGACUCAAAUGAACAACUUUGCAAACGAGGGACUGCAUUAAAUGGAGUAGCUGUAAACUGGAAGUCUUAACUUAAAAAAAAAAAAUUAAAAAGUCAUUGUCACAGAUUGAAACUUUUUCUAGGUCCUCUGACCUAAAUUGUCUUAGCUCCCCAACCCCUGUCUCAAAGGCAGUUUUUGGACUGGUGCCUUGGACAAAGCAGCAUUUCAUCAUAAACAUCAUCCAUGAGACUGUCUUGAAGGAACUGCAUUUGUCUCGUGUAGGGUUGCAGACAACUUGGUUUUGUUCUUGAAGAUCUUUUUGUUACAACCCGUUACAAGGACACUUGUAUGUUGUCAAAUAUAGCAAGUAGAAAACCUUUUAUGUAAUUUGUUUAUUGCAGGGAUUGAACAUUUUUAUGUUGUGGCAUAAUCGGCAAACAACCUCCUACCCACCCAUCCAUUUUCUGUAUUCAAAGUAAAAGUAAAUGUUUUUUUACAGACCUAAAAUAGUCAAAAAUAAAACGUUUACUAAAAGAAUUUAUGUACAAACAGUUACUCCUAAAUGUUCACUCCAAACGGACACAUUGUGAAGACCAAUGUCUUGGGGUGUUACAUCAUCUCUAGAAUCUGAGGGGCCCAUCCAAGAACCGAUACUGACCUGGAGAAAAACAAAAUGGGGAAAGACAAUUAAAACAUCAGGCAAGGACGUGCCAUGUUAAUUUGAACUUGUUUCUAAGAGUAUCAUUGUUAACAAUUUAAACGGCCACAAAGUUCUCACAGUAUCAUCGUUUACAAUUUAACGGUCACAAAGUUCAACCAGAUGGAUGUUCGUGGUAACAAACCUGUGGCUGAAUAUAAGCUUAAACAGCACAAGCCGUGAAGCCCGGACCACAUUUUUAGUUGAAUUUGAAUAAAGUGUCACAGUGCAAAGGUGAGCUGAUUGCUAGUGUACCUUUAGCUAAGGCUCGAGAGUAUCUGUCGCUGCUUCUUGCCA